AUGGAACAUGUCGAACAAAGCAGGCCUGGUUACCGAGCUCCAUCUGUUCUCCUGCAAGCUUAUCCUGCUGAUUUGUCACUCUGUGUGUCUACUUGCUUGGCAGAAUAUCUUAAGCGAACCCAGCCACUAAGGGGAGCGGAAAGCAAACUUUUUGUUAGCUUCAUCAAACCUUACAAACCUGUUUCCAGGGAAACUAUUUCUAGAUGGAUUCGUUUGAUAAUGGAGUUGUCUGGUGUUGACACCAGUGCAUUCAAACCACACAGUACAAGAGCUGCAGCUACGUCGAAAGCCAAAGCUUCAAAUGUACCCAUUGAUGAAAUCCUGCUGUAACUGCUGGUAUCCUGACCAGCGGGCUUACCCCCUUGUUUAUUAGGAGCAUGCGCACGGGGCCGCGGCAUUGGCGGGCACAAGGCCACCGUGAAAUAACCUGAAGUUUCACUAAGGUUUUCUUCAAGUUUCCCAAGUGUUUUGUAAGUCGUUUGUUUCGGUUUUUCUUUCUCGUGCUACGGAUUUCUAAAGCUUUCUAACGGAUGUUUGUGAUGAUACUUGUGAGUUGAUUCAGCCUCGUGUAUGAUUAAACGUUUUGUUGUUAUGUUCAUCGCCACGGCUAUCAUGUGUCGCCAUUCGCAGCCACACCUGCGCACAGCUGGAUGGUCAUCCUCAAGGUGUUUUGACCGUUUCUGCAAUAAGCCAGUCGGUACCUCCACUUUUGCUUCUGCAGUGCUUCAGACUGAUUAGAACAAGGACUAGGGCCUUUGCUUCUCUGCCCUGUUGCUACUGUUUAGUGAUUCCCUAUAACGUUGAUUAGUUCCUACAACUUAUAGGUUUUUUCAGGGUUAUUGUGCUUCAGCCCGGUUGUUUCUAUUACUCAGUGUGUUCAUAUAGCAUUACUUGUAAGCGUUUUUUGUUCUUUAUUUUUAUGGGCUACAGUUUGCGUUACUGUUAGUACUGUAUAGGGUUGUUUAUGCAUUAAACACCUUGCAGUUGGACUUUGGGUUUUUUCUUCAUGUCACUGUCUUGGCUUAAAAGUCUCAUGGGAUCCCUGGGGCAGUGAUGACGAGAUAGAAUUGAGAAAUUAAACGAGACUUACCUGUAAGUUGAAGUUUGAUUGGAAUUCUAUCGAGUCAUCAAACUGCACCAAGGGAUCACAUGCCCACCCUUUGUACAACCAGUCAUGGUUGAUUUUGUUGUACCCACCCUUUGUCCUACUGAGGUUUUACUUCGGUUGGCUUUCUGAUAUUACCCCCUUUUAUGGGUGUUUGUUUGUAAGACACUCACAUUCAGCUGUGAAUACUGAUUAUGCGCAUGCGUCUAGCUAUCUCAUGUGAUCCCUUGGUGCAGUUUGAUGACUCAAUAGAAUUCCAAUCAAACUUCAACUUACAGGUAAGUCUCGUUUAAUUUCUCAAUUAUCUAGAUCUUCUAAGCAGUGGAUUCUUACUGAAGAUCCCGAAGGUGAAGUCUUAACAAAAAUCUUACCGUCAAUUGUCCACACACUAACGAGCAGUCCAUUUUUCCUCAUACCAUUUGCUUUUUUGGCAACACUAUGUCGGUAGGCUGUGAGGUUUUCGUUUAACAAGAUACGAUUUCCUCGUCCUAGUGAAGUAGCAUAAUUUGACGUGGGAAACAAAUCAGACACUGUUAUAUCCUUGAGCACCGUAUGCUUUUUGUAAAGACUGGAUUUAACCUUGUGGCUCAGGAAUUUGACAAUAAUUGGUUUGUUUUGUGAUUUGAGCUGGUGAGAAAUUUCGAUGUCACCCGGAGAGAUCGGCACGUCCAAUACCUCUCCUAUCUUUAAAACAACAUCCUUGGUUGUGGUAUAAGCUUCUUGAGGGAUGCCGUGGAUUUCUAGAGAGUUUUUACGCAUAUAUUGCUCGAACUCUUCCAAGUCAAAGUCAAUUCUAUCUUUUUCCUCGGUGACUGUUUGCAAUUUCUGCUUGGUAAAUUGGAGCUCCUUUUUUAGCUCUGCAUUCUCUUUUGAAGUUUGUUCCAACCUGGAGCAUACUGUUACUGCAGCAGUGAGCCUCCUAAACGACCCAAACUCAGUGACAGGUAAACAGUUAACAUGCAAUAAACGGGCAAGGGUAAAACAGCCUUUGGGUAUAGCCGCAAGCCCCAUAACAGCCCCCAGUAAUGAAACAGGAGGACCAGGCUCAUUGCAAAGCCCAACUGGCCCAGAUAAAACAACAAUACUGAAAAAUAAAAUUAAACAACAACGGGCAAGGGCAAGCAUGGCUAACACAAGUUGCCGCAGUAGCAAGCCCCAAACUGCCCCAAAUAAACAAAAUUAAACAAAGACGGGCAAGGACAAGCAUGGCUAACAUAAGUUGCCGCAGUAGCAAGCCGCACACUGCCCCAAUAAUAUAAAGUAUAGCAAGUUAAUAACGAGCAAGGACAAGCGUGGCUCGUCCCACAACUGCCCUGAGUAGCAAAAUUCAUGAAAACAGGAGAACUAAAUAAAUAAAUAGAAGCGGUAUCAACAAGGCUAAUCCAGAGAACAUGUCAAGUAAUUAAGAAGACAGCAUGCGAAGAGCCUUUAAAAUGGUGCCUCGGUAGCUGCGAUACAAACAAUAUUGACCAAAAGAGUUCACAUGAACCCCAUCGGGCAAAUAAGGGUGAACCGAAAGGUUGUCAAAACCCCUAUGACGCCAACAAAAGACAUUAGGAAUGGGUUCCAAAACGCCACAAAGAUAUUGAUUAAGGAUUGAUGCAGCGCCGUUGAAAAAAGGUGCUCUAACACGAGGUAACACCUUGCACAUACCAAUGUCCCGAACCGAAAAAGUGUCAAGGAGUAAGUGUACUAACUCUUCAAUUUCGGAACCGGCAACUUCAGGGUGAAGGCGAGUAAGAUCAUUGUACCUAGUUCUAAAAUAACAACUUGGGGGAACAAAGAGGAAACAAUUCCGAGAUCGUGGCGCAAUCUCGUUACAGUAAGGCUGCCAACGCCGUGUAAAUGAAUAAUGGCGUGAUCGGAGAGAGCAAAUGUGUCAUCAGACCGUGAAUCGAAAUGCGAAUGAAGGUCAUCCCGAAGCCUUCGAAUAAAAGAGUGACCUAAUACGAGAACCAAAGGGACAGAAGAAGCCAUGGAAAUGAACAAACGACCAGAACAAUUGGAGAAGAAAGGGUGAUCUGCAACAAACGAUCUGCCCAGCGACCGAAAUUAACAGGAAAUAAUAAACGAAGGGCUCAAAGCGAAAAGCAAAAUACUACCACAAGAAUAGGGGGAACAAAAUGACGAUGAGAUAGCGGUAAGAAUAAAAAUGUAUAAAAACUUACCUCGCAGCAAGUCAAAAGAAGCUUCUAACUCCAAGCAAUAGAGACGAAUGGCAAGCACAUGGCUUGCGAGUUCAUGUGACUUGUCAAAAACCUUAGAGGGGGGUUGAACAUAAUGGCCAUUGACACCUGACCCAAACCCAGUCCCCCUUGAUUAUCAAAUAAACCCUGGUCAAAGAGAGAAGACAUACAAAUUCUAUUUGCAAGCAAAUAUUUUGUUUAAUUGGCAUGAUGACAACGUCUUGAAUUCCGAAUGUCUCUCAUCUGUGUGUCUCUGUUGUAGAGUUCAAAUUGAUACUGACAAGCUGGUAUCACUAUUUAGAACUAGAUUAUAUCGUAUUGUGCACCAGUGUCAAUAAAACGAUCAUCACCAUCGUCAUCAUUAUAGUUAUUAUUGUAAUAAAAUCGGGAGCUCCACUCUUAUCUUGGUUAAAUCUAUAUUUUAUGACAGCUUAUCCCCACAAACUAUGGUGGUAACACCAGCGUUGACUGCUGUCAUACAUGUUUGUCCAUUUAACUGUAGGAGCUUUUCUACUGAAACCAUUACUCGUACCCUUGAGUAAAGAAAUAAAAAGGACUUUUCAAGUCAGAAAAGGAUAUCUGAAGAAGAUUCAGUAUCUCAUCUUUGUUAUCUUCAGCUCUGGUUGAGGUGUUUCCUUCAGCAGUGGUUUCCUGAUAAUGACCAUGAGGAGAUAAUGCAUUGUCGAAUUGUGGCUGGGGAUUCUCAGGUGCCUGUUCCCUGUCAGUUAGUGGUGGAACAUGUACUUCAGUCUCUAGAGCAGUUAAUACAGGUUCAAGAGCUACAUGCAGCUGCUUGGGAAUCUCAGUUGGGUUGUCCUUCUCAUCAUCAAAAUCUGGUUCUACCAUGGUUAUAGUCCUUUUGUCAUCCUCAAUACUAAUAUCGAUGUUAAAAAGAGAUACUUGUAACAUGGCUUUUAUAAAUAAGUAUAGGUAAGCACAUGAUUUUUUUCGUGCAAUUUGGAAUAAAUAAGCAUGAACAAAUUUUCAAAGACCAACAAAAGUGCACGAGCCCAUAGGACUGUUCAUCAGUGUCUGUUCCUGAGACCCCAUCAUAGCUGGAUGAUUCAUAGCAUGAUUCAGUGAGAAAUUUUUGAGAUUUAAAACCCGAAAAUGAAGGAGGCAAUUUGUUUUCUGUCGAUGCUGCCAUUGAUGGGUGAGGGGAGCCGCAGUUGCUGUGAUGUCGGACACUGCCAGGAUUAAUAUAAUAUUUUCUUUUUUUCAGAGCUGGGGUUUUCAUUAUUUUAUUUGGAUAUUGCAAGAGAGAGUCAUCAUCACUCUUCUUUGUCGGCUUCAUCAUAGUCGUUGACAAAAUUGAUACCUCUGUGGCCUCUGACAUUGGCGAUAUAUUCUCAAGUUACAAUCUUUGCUUCCUUCAGCUUGCUGAGUAUUGUUUAUCGUGCACUUUGACUCAUAACCUUUUUUUCUCACUUUCUUUAAGGCCAGUACCAGCUACCGAUAAUUUCAUUAUGUUAUGA